AGGAGCACAUGGGGAAACCUCAAUGCUGUAGUUUGUGACAGAUGUCAAUCAGCCCUAUCCAAGAUGGCAGACGUGUGAAUUUUUGAGGUGCAAAUGUACUAACUUGAGGACUAACUGAUUUGGACCAAAUUUGGUACAGUUGUAGUGAGUGACACACAGGGAGACCUCAGUGGUGUAGUUUGUAACGAUGUCAUCCACCCCAAUCCAAGAUGGCAGAUGUGUGAACAUUUGAGGUGCAAGAGAGCUUCACCAAGCCCAGAUUCCCCCACCCCCACUUUCUUACCACCCAGCCUGAUAAGUUCUGAAGAACUCGAAAGCUAGUUAACUAGUUAAUAUUUUGUGACAUUUGGGUUUGUCCUCCUAAUAAUACCAGAUUGUGGCUUUUUCUUGAGGACCAACAGGGCUGCCUACUGUUAAAAACUGUGGUUGCACGAUUGUAAUACUUCGUCUGCCAACUGUUUGCAAAUCGGUCCUGAAGUAUAAUUUUGUUUCAAUAACAACAACAAAACCCAAAACGAUAACGACUGUAAAGGUUUAAGUACGACUACCGGUCGCAAAGCAUUUCGGUCAUUGUAGUUUACUCUAAAUUCUCCACUCUCCUCUUUCUGGGCUUUGACGUUUCACAUUUUUUGAGCCGACAGCGCCACCUCAUGGAACUUGUAGUUCCACAAGGAAGGAGUCCCGGGCGUAAACUCGGGUUACUAUGUGCGUGAAGAACUACAAGCCCCGGAACGCAACGCGCUCGCAGGCGCCGCCUGCUGGCUCUAUUGCAGGAAUGCUCUUACCGGCGAAGCGGUCUCCGAGCAAGUAAUGCAGGGAAGAGAGUGAAUACUUGGAGCAGGGUUGGCUGGCGUGUGUAUAAAAACUCCUAUCAGAUUUCCUGGCAAUCAGUUUAAUGGGAAAACAGUCACCACUGUUUGAGUGACGGCUCAUGUUAAAACGAGUUUCUCCGCAAGUUCACCAUAUUGUUGUCAUUUCUCACUGAGGUGCUCGAAUGAUGGUUCAGGCACAUCCCUAAACUGGGGAAGGUAAUUUUUGGAGGGCAAGCAGUAUGAAAGAAAAGUAUUCAACACUCCCGACCUGCACACUGAGGUCCUGGUUCUCCUGCCCGCCCGCCCACAGCUGCUAUUUUACAGUUUUAAAAAACUAAACUAGUUAUUUGUGUUUAUCAAGUAUAGUUUUGCACUGAGGGGUACAGAUGAGGAAGGAAAGGAUGGAAGGGGAGCUUCUGCUGCAGCUCCGUGUCUUUGACCUCAAUUGCUGGGCAAUUCGCUACCUGAGCAAAUUACGGCAGGAGCGCAUUGACUUGAUUGGCGAUGUUCUUAACAAAGAGGGAUUUGAUGUGGCGCUCUUUCAGGAGGUGUGGAGUGAGAGAGAUUAUUGGGCACUGAAAAAUAAGCUGUCUGCCCGCUACCCUUCUUCCCACUACUUCAAAAGUGGGGUGAUUGGCAGUGGGCUCUGCAUCUUCUCUAAACACCAGAUCCUGGACACCUUCCUGUACCAAUACUCUGUGAAUGGCUACCCCUACAUGCUCCAACACGGAGACUGGUUUGGUGGCAAAUCUGUGGGCCUUGUGGUGCUGAAGAUCCAGGGAGUUGUCUUCAACAUCUAUGCGACACAUCUCCAUGCAGAGUACUGUCGGGAGAAGGAUGCUUAUCUGCCUCAUCGAGUAGUUCAAGCGUGGGAACUUGGCCAGUUUAUACAGCACACUUCCAAAGGGGCUGAUGUGAUGCUGCUAGGUGGAGAUCUGAAUAUGCAUCCAGAAGAUGUUGGCAUUAGGCUGCUGCAAGCUUGGGCAGGGCUCCAGGACUCCUUCGUUGCUGCAGAGAAAGUUGAGGGCUGUGAGGACGGCUGUACUCUGGUGCCAGCCAACUGUUUCACAAACAAGAAGGAACUGCAGUGUUAUCCCCAGGGAAUUCGUAUUGACUACAUUUUUUAUAAGAGUUUGCCGCAGUACAAAGUAAGAUGCAACAGUCAUGUGACUACCACUGGAACAGCUCCCGGCAAGGACAUUCCUUACUCUGACCAUGAGGCUGUGACAGCCAUUCUGUCUUUGUAUAAAAGAGAAUCAGAUAAAGUUCUAAACCAUCCCACAGUUGAGCCAGGGCUGGUGGACAUCUUGAACGAAGCCCGGAUAGAGGUGAGGGUGGGACUGCAUUCAGCUGAGCGCCAACGAUACUCCUGUGGCCGCAUGGCUGUCCUGGCUCUGCUUCUGCUGCUCAUGCAAGGAGCCAUGGGCCUGAGUUCCAUGUUCGGCGGAGCCCUACAGCAGCCCUUCCCCAAGUUCUCCUUCAGCUUGCUUGGCCUCCUGGCUAUAGUGGUGUUGCUCUUCUCAGCUGUACUCUACCUCUUCCACACCAUUGAAGUGAAGAUGCUGCAAGGGACGGAGGAGCAAAUGCGGGUAGGGCUACAGACACUCCAGGACAAACUAAGCUCUGAAUGAGACUCUUGUUGCUGGAGCCUUGAUAGGGACCAAGAGCCCUUUGGUGAAGGUGGCAACAACAGCCAUCUGUGCUGCCCAGGUUUUCAUGCUUAGUCAUGUUGAAGUGCAUGGCAGUAAUUAGCAUUUGAUGCUGUACAGGUUUUACAGCUGUGUGUAGAGCAAUACAACUUUCUAUGAGUGGUUCUAUGUUGAAGAAAUUGUGGGAUAGGAGAUAUUGUACUGUAGCCAUUAGCUCUCCAGAAGGGAAUUUUGAAAGAGAAACAGUUGAACUAGAUGGAGCUCAGCUAUAACUGUUUAGAAACCAGCAUUUAUCUGAUUAAGCUGCCGUGUACAACAUAGGCCAAGGCUGCACAACUUCGGCCCUCCAGCUUUUUAGACUACAACUCCCAUUGCCCGUGACUAUUGGCCACUGUGGUUGGGGAUUAUGGGAGUUGGAGGUUAUGGGAGUUGCAGCUAGAGAACUGCAGUUGCGUACCCCUGACAUAAACUGAUUUGGACAGUUAAAUUAAUGCAAAAGCUGGCAUAAAGCAGAGGAGUUAAAAUAUACAUUGUUAUUAGUUGUAAACAGCUACUUGCUGAAUUCAGUACAUUCAUACUGAGUUCAGUACAGUCAGAUUAGUGAAGGUUUGAAUACCAGCCUCUGACCUUGCAUUUUUUCCACAGAUAAAAUCUUGUUUUUGUCUCAGUCAUUCUCUUAACAGUAAACUUGCUGCUCUUGGUAUAACUGGAAUUGCUAGGAAUCCUUUUAAUUUUUUUAAGAAGAUUGUCCUCCUUUGACACAGGAUUGUAAAAUAUGAUGAAUACUGUAUGUCAUUUCAAAAAUCACAGCUUGCGACCCUUAUUUCUGAAAUUCAGUACUGCAGCCCUAGAUAUAAUUAAGCAGAAAGUCAUAAUUGUCGAUGAAAUCUUGCUCUUGACAUUCAUUAUCAUUUAUGUGGUAUUUUAAUGUACAGUGUACUUUAUAAUCUUUGUUGUACUUCACAAGUGCUGCAAGGAUAUCAUUGUUGGUUUGUUCAUAUCUCAGUUUUAAAAUACAAUUUUACAAAGCAGCAUACAUUUAAAAGUGGGAAUAACCCACAAAAAUAUUAAAGUACAAAAUAAAAAAAUAGCAUCAAA